UGUAGACCAGUUCAGAGAAAGAGAUCUGCUUCAUCUGAAUCCAGCUGUGUAUCUAUGAAGAGUGAUCAGUCAGUGGGCAGAAUAAUAACCUUCGGUGACAGACCAGUUCAGAAAAAGACAUGUCCCUCUCCUGAAUUCAGCUGUUUGUCCAUGAAGAGUGACCAGUCAGUGUACAGAUUAAUAACUUUCAGUGACGACUCUACUGAAAACAGAGGAGUCCAGAGGGAGGGGUCAGAAAUAACUGGGAGAAAUAUGGAGACCUCAGUACAGAACCUGGAUUACCCAUCAUACCCUGGGGAUGUGCCAGUGGGUGGUGACGACACAUUGCAUGCCUUUGGGGACAGGAUGAAACAGGAUGACCUCGCUACUACAUCGCAAACCACACUGGCUCUUUCUUGCCAUCAAAAACUCAAAUUCACGCUGGGGGAAAAAUGUCAGAAACGUACUGAAGGAAUCCUAAAAACUGGAUCUUUAGUACAUUUGCAUGAGAUCUACACAGAGCUGUACAUUGUAGAGGAAGGCAGUGACGAGGCCAAUAAAGAACAUGAAGUGAGCCAGAUUGAAGCAGCAUCCAGGAGACGAGAUACACAGGAAAUACCCAUCAAAUGCAAUGACAUCUUAAAACACAAAGACAAGGUUAUCAGAACUGUGCUGACUAAAGGAGUUGCUGGAAUUGGAAAAACAGUCUCUGUGCAGAAGUUCAUUCUAGACUGGGCUGAGGGAACAGCUAAUCAGGAUGUGCUCUUCAUCUUUCCACUUCCUUUUAGAAAGCUGAAUUUGAUAAAAGAGGAAAAACUCAGUCUGGUGAAUCUUCUACAUCGUUUUUUUACGGACACAAAGAAUUUAAAACCAGAGGAAUUUCAUCACAACAAAGUCCUGUUCAUCUUUGAUGGUCUGGAUGAGUGUAGACUUCCUCUAGAUUUCCAGAACAGUGAGAGUGUAUCUGAUGUAACACAGUCAGCUUCAGUGGAUGUGCUCCUGACAAACCUUAUCAAGGGGAAGUUGCUUCCUUCCGCUCUUAUAUGGAUAACAACUCGACCAGCAGCAGCUGAUCAGAUCCCUGCUGACUGUAUUAACCAGGUAACAGAGAUACGAGGGUUCAGUGACCUUCAGAAGGAAGAAUACUUCAGGAAAAGGUUCAGGGAGGAGCAUGUUGCAGAAAGAAUCAUCACCCACCUCAAGUCCUCAAGAAGUCUCUAUAUCAUGUGCCACAUCCCAGUCUUCUGUUGGAUUACAGGCAGUGUUUUAGAGAGGAUUCUGGGGGAAUCUGAGAUAUCAGAGAUCCCCAAGACUCUGACUGAAAUGUUCACACAAUUCAUUGUGUUUCAGAUCAAACACAGCAGGAAAAAGUACCAAGAAAAAGGAGAUGUAGAUCAUGAGGAGGCUAGAGAGAUUAUCCUGGCUCUGGGAAAACUGGCUUUCCAACAGUUGGAAAAAGGCAACCUGAUAUUCUAUGAGGAAGACCUGAUAAAAUGUGGUAUUGACGUCAGAGAGGCGUCUGUAUACUCAGGUGUUUGCACCCAGAUCUUUUGGGAAGAGUCUGGGCUACACUUGGGAAGGGUUUUCAGCUUUGUGCAUCUGAGUGCUCAGGAGUUUUUGGCUGCCUUGUAUGUCAUUCUAUCAUUCAUCUUCAAAAACAAGAAUGUGUUGCAAAGGCAACACUUCCCCACAAAGUCAACACUGUCUGAUGUCCUCAAGUGUGCCGUGGACAAGGCCUUGGAAAGUGAGACCGGACACCUGAACUUGUUCCUCCGCUUCCUUUCAGGCCUCUCGUUAGAAUCCAAUCAGACUAUCUUACAAGGUCUCCUGUCCCAGAGAGUAAGCACCUCUCACAAUACAGAGGAAAUUAUCAAAUACAUCAAGGAUAAAACCUGUGAGACCACUCCAGAGAAAACAAUAAAUCUGUUCCACUGUUUGAAUGAACUGAAUGAUCACUCUCUGCAGCAGAAAGUCCAGUCAUAUGUAAACAAGGAAACUAUUGGUGGUUCUUGUGAUCCUAAGUUCUGUCCUGGGCAGUGGUCAGCUUUGGCAUUCAUAAUGCUGAAUUCUGAAAAUCAGCUGGAAGAAUUUGACUUGAGGAGGUAUCACCAAUCAGAGGGGUGUCUUCUAAGGUUGCUGCCAGUGAUUCGAACAUGCAGAAAUGUUAUACUGCAUAAGUGUAAUCUGACAGGGAAAAGCUGUGCUGCUCUGGCUUCAGCUCUCAGCUCAAACUCCUCAUGUAUAAGGGAGCUGGACCUGAGUUACAAUAAGCUCCAGGAUUCAGGAGUGAAGCUCCUCUGUGAUGGACUGAAGAGUUCACAGUGUAAACUAGAGAAACUGGGGCUGGAAUGCUGCAGUCUUGGAAAGGAAGGCUGUACAGCUCUGACUGCAGCUCUGACAUCAAACCCCACACACCUGCAAGAGCUCAAUAUAAAGCACAAUAAACCAGGAAAUUCUGGAGUUAAGCUGCUCCAAACUCUGGUGGAGGAUCCACAAUGUAAAUUGGAUAAAUUACUGAUAGAUUAGGUUGUUAACAUUGUGUUUCUUUAAACAUACACUAAGCAUUAAGCAUAACUGUUGGGUAACAAAGUACAAAUAUUGUCAAAUCUUAGAUCUUGUCUGUCUUGUGUUUUUUUUUCUUUUUUUUUUUGCUCUUUCUGUUUUCAUGUCUUUUCCUGUCUGCUUGUUUUUUUCAGCCAUGUGCUCUUUAGCUUUAGUUUCUAUCUUGUUUCUUCCCUUGGCUCUGCCCUAGUCAUUAGUGUUUCCACCUGUCUUGUCACCUGUUACCCCACAUCCUCGUUAAUAGCCCCAGUUGUUUCCAGUCACUCAGUGUGUAUAUUACAUAAUAUUACAUUACAUUUGGAAGACGAUGUUGUGCAAAGCCACUUACAAUGAUUUACAUAAUGAUGUACAUAGAGUAAUGAAAGUUCAAGAUAAAAAACAUGUUUAGACAGGGCCUAAAGGAGGCCAAAUGGAAAUAGUGGGAUAGAAGAGUAAAGGAGGGGGAGCAGGAAAUAAAGUUAGAAGUAGUUUUGUAAAGUAGGUUUGCAGGUUAAUAUGUCAGAGGUGUUAGGAGAGUAAGUGCUCUUUGAAGAGCUCAGUCUUCAGGAGUUUCUUAAAGAUAGUGAGAGAUUCUCCUGAUCUGGUAGUAGAAGGUAGUUAGUUAGAGGUGUUAGGAGAAUAAGUGCUCUUUGAAGAGCUCUGUCUUCAGGAGUUUAUUAAAGAUAGUGAGAGAUUCUCCUGAUCUGGUAGUGGAAGGUAGUUUGUUCCACCAUUGGGGAACUCUGUAUGAGAACAGUCUGGAUUGCUUUGUGUGAAUGUUUGUUUGGUAAAGCGAGGCGUCGUUCAUUGGAGGAGCGCAGCGGCCGGGAGGUAGCGUAAGCCUUCAGGAGUGAGUACAAGUAGGAAGGAGCCUGUUUUCUUCAUCAUCUUGUAGGCGAUUAUAAGAGCUUUGAAUUUAAUAUGAGCAGCAACUUGUAGCCAAUGGAGCUCAAUGAGCAGUGGAGUGACAUGUGCCCUUUGGUUUUGGCUGGUUGAAGACCAGGCAUGUAGCUGUGUUUUGGAUCGUCUAGAGUAGUUUUACUACACAGGCCGGGAGGCCUAAUAGUAUGGCUUAGAUAGAUAGACAGAUAGAUAGAUAUAUAGAUACAUACAUACAUACUUUAUUGAUCCCUGAGGGGAAAUUGUGGAAUUUUGGCUUUGCAUUAGUCAAGGCGUAAGAUGACGACUGCUUGUACCAGAAGUUGGGUGGCCUGUUGGGUAAGAAAUGGUCAAAAUUUUGGAUGUUAUAAAGCGCGAAGCGGCAGGAUCGAGCAACUGAAGCCACCUGGUUGUAAAGGAGAGCCGGUCAUCAACCCGAACACCCAGGUUUCUAGUAACCUUUGUCAGGGAGAGAGAAAGUGAGGAAGAGUUGAUGGUUAUGGUGAAGUUGUGUUGUAUAGAUGGUUUUCCUGGUAUAACCAGAAGCUCAGUCUUGGAAAGGUUUAGCUGGAGGUAAUGCUACUUCAUCCAUGAGGAUAUGUCUGAGAGACACUGUGAUAUCCGUGCGUAGAGAGGUAGUGUAUAAAAAAUAAGCUUUUUUGCCAUUUUUUUUUCUGCAGCAAGGAAUAUAUAUAGGCCCUUUGUUUCAGUGUUCCUUGUCUAGUCUUUUGUAGGCUUUGUGUGCUGUGAUUUCAUGUCAAUAACUGUUUUCUCCAUGUGUGUUUAGAAUUGUAGUUCUUUCCUUAGUGUUCUCUGUUUUUUCAGGUUUUCUUAGUCUUAUUUUAUUACUCUUGCAUUAUCUUUCUCAUAUUUGUUUCAGUUCAGUAAUUUCAGAUAUUUUACUUCUACUUCUUACAUUUUCACACAAUUAUCUGAACUUUUUACUCCUUACAUUUUAAAAGUAGCCUCGUUGCUCCUAUUUCAUUUCAGCUUGUUUUCAUUCCGGCUUUUCACCGUUCAAUAAAACCCCUAUCCAGAUAAAUCUCUCCAUCCAUCCAGAGUGAAUCUGGUUGUGGUUGGAUUUAAAGAAGUAUAAACAUAUACCGAUCUGACACCCUAUUGGGUUAAACUGUGAUUCUUCACACCUGCACACGAGACAAACAUCCAACUAAGCUUCUUUAAUAUAUUUACUUUCUACUGAAAUACAUUCUUUUUAAUGGGCAUAUAUGCAGCUGAAACAGGGAGCCUAGUGCAUCACAAAUUUAUAAACUCUAAAAUUUUAAUAAUAUUAUUAUAUAUAUAAUAUUAUAAAUAUUAAACUACAGUACUAAUAAAACUCUAAAAUUAAAAAUACAUUUUAAAAUAAAAAUUAAAAUAAUAAAAUAAUUACAUGAAAGCAAUGGAAUAGUAAUGAGCUUUAAGACUGGAUUUAAAAAGUUAUAGAGAGGUUGCCAAUCGAAUCUGCAGCGGCAGCUCAUUCUACAGUUUUGGGGCCGCCGCAGCAAAUGCUCAGCCCCCCUCAGCUUCGGCCCUGACUUUGGGACCACUAGCCGAAGCUGAUCGUCAGAUCUUAGGGACUGAACGAGAACAUAAGGCAUGAACAUUUUGCAUCAACUAUAACUUAGUAACCAAUGUGUAAAUAGCACCAAUGUACAGUGAGUUACAAUAAUAGAUCCUUGUGGAAAUAAAUGCAUGACUUAACAUCUUUAUCUCAAAGUCAGAGAAAGACAAAAAAAGGCUUAGCUUUGGAUAGCUGUGGAUAGCUGAGGUCUGAGUAAAGGUUUACCAAUGGCGUAGGUUUCAUUGGUGAUUACAUGGCCAAGGUCUCUCCAGGCCAAAUAAGAUAAUUUCUGUCUUGGCCUCGUUAAGAUUUAAAAAGUUUAAAGCCGUCUGUGCCUUUUAUUUCCUCGAGGCAGCUCAGUAGAUUGCCCACCAUCUAAGCCAUCUGUCGACUAAUUGCCAUUGUUUGCAUUGGUGUCUUGAAAUAUAAAUCUGCACUGCUACAGCCUGAAAAUUAGCAUGCCAGUAAUCAAAAUUGGUAUGCUAGAGAUUUUGAGAGACAGUUUUAGUGCUCUUAAUAUACAUACCUAUUUACUGUAUGCCAGCAUUACAUUUUUCAUGUUUUAUGUGUAUGAUAUUAACAGUCAUAUAAUUGCAUGAUGUAUUUGUAAUUACAUCCUGGGCUUUCAUAUAAUGUACAUUUUCUUGUAAAAUUGACUUAUUAGUUCAGUAAUUUUACAUUGAUUCUGUUUUUUUUCAACAUUGACUCAAUGUUAUGUUAUUUUUAUGUAUUUGCAUUAAACUUUAAUUUGUCUAUGUCAACGGAUUUUGGUCCAAGUGAUUUUGUAGCGUUUCUUGGUCCAUUCAUCAUGAAUGUUUGACAGCAUGUACAAGGCAUUUAAACUUUUUACAUUUGUUUUUGUUGCAACCUUUUGCUGAAUAAAAAGAGUGGCAUAAAGUUAUCCAAAAGCAGUGUGUAAGACUGGUGGAGGAGAACAUACCAAGAUGCAUGAAAACUGUAA